UAAAAAAAAACAAACGCCGCAUGCUCCGGAAGUAUUUAGAAGUGCUUAUAUUUCGAUGGUUACCUGGUGUUGAGUGAGUUUACUUUUGCCGGCAUCUUCGUUGUCGUCGUCAUGUUUCUGACGGUGGUCAAUUUGGCCAAGAAAGCCAAAUCAAAGUAUAUACUUGUGAGAAUGGUCAGUGAAGCAGGAACGGGCUGUUCUUAUAAUAUAAAAAGACUCCGGCUUCAAGAUAAGCUAGUAAUGCUAAGCUAUGAUCGCAUUGUCAAACAGAAAGUCCUCUUCAAAGAGCACAAAAAGAUCUGUUCUGUGUAACUGAUGCUUGGCUAAGAAGAUUUGUGAAGAUGUAUACGAGGAAAUACGAGGAAAUAUGAAGUUGGCAAUGCUGAAAAGAAAACGAACUGAGGUGGUCAAAGUCAAUUGUAAAUAAAAACAUCACUGAAAGAUAUUUAGAAAAUGGAUCUUCAUCAAUAACUUUGUUUUUACACUUGUGAAUUAAAACUGUGAAUCCACUG